AUGCAGAGCUCUGGCGACUUGGGGAACCCUUGGCUGGACCAGCUGCCUGGGGUCUUUGCCGGAGCUUUCCUGAGGAGGCAGAUCGAAAAGCACUUCGUGGCCAUGGGGGGGGAGGUCCAUACUUACCAGAAGGGCCUGAACUUGCACCUUCUGCUACCGGAGACCCGGACCAACAUCAAGCAGGGGUGUGUGGUGUUCCUUCACGGAGGAGGCUUCCUUGGCGGUGCACCCUCGCAGUUCUACCCCUACGCCAAGGCGGUGUCGCGUCAGUACGGCAUCCCCACGGCCUGCUGCGAGAUGAGUUGCGUCCUGACGCACCCCCGCGCCCAGGUGCCCUUCGACACCGUGGAGGACGCGCGGAAAUGCGUGCGGUUUCUGCAGGACCGGUCUGAGGAGCUGGGCCUGGACCGGGAGAAGAUCGUGCUGGCAGGAGCCUCCAGCGGCGGGCACACCGCCGCCAUGGCGGCUCUGGGCGACGAGGAGCCGGGCCUGGGCCUGGCGGGGCUUUUGCUCUUCAACCCGGUCCUAGACCUGCAGUUCCGCGAGCGGUGGCAGCACCGGCGCUGGUACACUUGGCUGUGCAGUGGCCUCAUGCGCUUCCGCUACGGCCGUGAGCUGCUGGAGGAGCACUCCCCCGUGUUCCGCGUGCGCCAGCUGCCGCAGCCCACGCUGAUCCUGCACGGCACCGAGGAUCAGUUGGUUCCCUUGGAGGAGGUGCGGAGCUUCCAGCGGGGGAUGGAGUGCAGUGGCAGUGAUUGCAAAGUGAUCACCUUCCCUGGAGAGGGGCACUUCUUCUUCAAUUGGCGGGUAUCCCCGGCCAACUUCAGCAAGUGCGUCGGCCUCCUGGGGGACUUUCUCAAGCAGGUCGGCGUUUUAAGUAGCUGA